ACAAACUAAAAUAGUUUUUAAUCAGUUAAAUAAUAGCUGACCGUUAACAGUUAAAUGUCCGAGUGAAUUAUAUUAAUUUUUAGUUGUAUAACACAAACAAAAAAUGGAAUGGAGAGGACAUAAAAUUUUAUUAACUUUUUUAAUAACAGUAAAUCUAAUAUACUCAACGGACUGCGAAGAAGAAAAAAAAGUAAUAAUUUAUGUUCCGAGUCGCGUAAAGACUGUUCAUCAUCACCAUCAUCACGUGAUAUACACGGAAAAAGGUCCUCAUAAAAACGCAAAAGUUCAAGCAAAGCCGUGUCCGGAUAAGUUGAUGAUUCAAAAAUAUCUCAAAUCUUCGCAGGAAUAUCAAAAACAAAGCAUUCCAACCGCCACCAAUCCCAUUACAUAUGUCACCAACAACAAAUUACUAAAAUAUAAAAGACACGACCCUACUAACGACGUAGCAAUUUAUCCGUCUAGACAAUUACCAUUUGUACCGGUUUCGUCAUAUGGACAAAUGAAUAAUUAUCCCAGUAGAUCAAAAAUUAUUACUCGUAUUUAUUAUGGUUGACAAAUAAAAUUAAGCAUUACUUGGGAAUUUUGUAAAUUUGAUUAUUAUAUUUGAAAUCAUACCAAAUAAAUGUAUAUUUUUAAUAUAGAAACAAAAUUGUAUGUUACUUAUUAUAUU